CGGGUCUCACUGGAUAGAGUCGAACGCUCGCUUCUCCCCCUUCCUGCUACCGCUCACCAGCGGCGCAUUCCGCGAAGAAGAGAGGGGCAAUGGCCAUGGCCGCCGCCUCCCCGUUCCUCCUCCUGCAACCUCUAGCCCCCAAGCCCCAUCGUCCUCUCGGCCCCCUACACCCCAGCCUCCUCCGGACCCGCCUCCUCCGCUGCUCGCCCAACGGCGCCGCGGCGCCGGAGCCCCCUCCUAAACCCACCCCACGCCGCGGGCGGAAGAAGGCGUCGGAGCCGGGCUCGUCGCCGCCCAAGGCGAAGGCGACGAGGCGCAAGACCAAGAAGGCGGGACAGGACUCCGACUCGGAGGGCGAGGAGGAGCCGGCUGUGAAGCCGAAGACCCGCCGGACCAAGAAGUCCCCGAAGCAGGAGGCCAAGCAGCAGCAGGGGGAGGAGGAUGCCCAGGCGGAGGAGCCUCGGAGUCCGGCCCGCGAGGAGGACAACGGCGACGACGGGGCGGAUUUGCCGUACGAGUGGCCGCCGUUGGUGUGCUGCUUCGGGGCGCCGCGGUGGGAGUUCGUGCCGACGGUGCGGGUGUCGGACCAGCAGAUGCACCCGGACCAGUACUCCACGUGGCUGCACCUGCAGUGGGAGCCGCCCGAGUUCGCGCGCUCGCCCGGGAGCGCCUCCAGCAACGUGGCCAUCGCGCUCACCCGGCUCGGCGGCCGCGCCGCGGUGCUCGGCAAGGUCGGCGACGACGACUUCGGCCACGAGCUUGUGUACCGCAUGAACCGCGAGCGGGUGCAGACGCGCGCCAUCAGGUUUGACGGUGCCGCGUCCACGGCCAUCGCCCGGAUGAAGGUGGGGUUCAGGGACAGCGAGGACGGCAAUGGCGGGACAAGUCUGGUGGCCGAGACGGUGAAGAGCUCUGCCGAGGACUCGCUCCAGAAGGACGAGAUCAAUGCAGAUGUGUUGAAAGAGGCCAGAAUGUUGCAUUUCAAUUCAGAAGUACUGCUGACGCCGUCAAUGCACGACACACUCUUCAGAGCCAUUGCGCUGUCCAAGAAAUUUGGAAGCAAAAUAUUCUUUGACCUCAAUUUGCCAUUGCCUUUGUGGAGGUCAAGGGAUGAGACAAAAGAGUUCAUAAAUAGGGCAUGGAAGGAGGCUGAUAUCAUAGAGGUGUCAAGGGAUGAGUUGGAGUUCCUCCUCGAUCACAAGUAUUACGAAUAUAAGCGAGCCACCCCGCCUCAGUAUUAUUUGGAUGGGUUCCAUCUAACAAGGAACUGGCCACAGUACUACCACUAUACCCCUGAAGAAAUUGCUCCGAUUUGGCAUGACGGAAUAAAACUCUUGCUGGUGACCUAUGGAACACUUCGGAUCCACUACUACACACCCAAGUUUCAUGGCUGUGUGGUUGGAACGGAGGAUGCACUCAUAACUCCAACCACAACUGACCGGACAGGUUCUGGUGAUGCUAUUGUUGCUGCUGCUAUUAGGAAGUUGACAACUUGUCCUGAGAUGUAUGAGGACCAGGAUACAUUGGAAAGGGAGCUAAGAUUUGCUGUUGCUGCUGGUAUCAUUUCACAGUGGACUAUUGGUGCCGUGCGAGGGUUCCCCACUGAAAGUGCUACCCAGAACUUGAAGGAGCAAGUAUAUGUGCCUUCUAUGUGGUGAUUGGUGAGCUAGUAAAUCAUUUCUGAUGAAGGAGGCAGAAAUUUAUUUUGCGAGCGUGAUUCAUGAGUGGUGCAGCAGAAGUGAACAGGGAUACUAUUUUACCACAAAAGUUGACAGGUACAAGGACGCUUUAAUCAGCGUGUAACACAGGCAGCGAGCCACGCUGCAUACUGUCCAAUCAGCGGGGAACUCUUUUGUGCGAGUGUUUCCAGUCACAGAAGCACUAUUGUAGCACUUCGUGGGGAUAGGAUUGAUUGAUGUGAGACUCCCACUUCUUUUUCUCCUUUUUCUUUUAUAUUUUCUCUUUGUAGACCGGAGAGAAUGCAGCACUCCCGUUCUCUUUUCCUAGAAGCUUAUGUAGAGGUUUUGUAGAGUAAGCAACCCUAGGAACCUCCAGUGUUAUGUUCAUUUGCAGAACUCGGCGCCUCUGCUGGUCAUUUCUAUCUUUAAUCUCCAUGGCCCUUUUUUUUAAA